AUGGCUUUGAAAUCACAUCUGAGUGUGUCUGCUUGCAUUCCCGUACUUAGACUGGCCAGAACCCGUAAGAAGGUUUUGUUUUACUGUCACUUCCCUGAUCAGCUUCUGACCAAGAGAGAAUCUCUCCUAAAGCGCAUCUACAGAUUACCACUCGACUGGCUGGGAGAGGACACGACUGGCAUGGCGGACUGUAUUGUUGUCAACAGCAGGUUCACCGCCAGCGUGUUCAAGGACACAUUUAAGUCCUUAUCUCACGUAAACCCAGAUGUCCUCUACCCAUCGCUCAACAUCAGUAGCUUUGAAACAGUGGUUCCCACGGACAUAUCUGACCUGAUACCCAAAAAGAAAAAGUUCUUGUUUCUUUCCAUAAAUAGGUAUGAGAGAAAAAAGAAUCUAUCACUGGCCCUUGAAGCUUUGCACGAGCUUCGAGGAAGACUGGAUUCUCAUGAGUGGGAUGAAGUUCACCUGGUUAUGGCAGGUGGCUAUGAUAAACGAGUUCUGGAAAAUGUGGAGCACUAUGAAGAACUGAGGAGACUCGCAGCCAAGCUUGGUGUUAACGACCAUGUUACUUUUCUGAGAUCAUUCUCAGAUGAACAGAAAAUAUCGCUUUUUAGUAACUCUGUAUGUGUGCUUUAUACCCCAAGCAAUGAACAUUUUGGCAUUGUUCCUCUGGAGGCAAUGUAUAUGAGAUGUCCAGUUGUAGCCGUUAAUUCGGGUGGUCCUUUAGAAUCAAUCUUACAUAAUGUUACAGGAUUUUUGUGUGAUCCUCUGCCAACGCAAUUCUCUGAGGCCAUGGAAAAAAUUGUGAGAGAUCCUCUCUUAAAGGAUACAAUGGGAGCAGCUGGGAGAGUCAGAGUUAUGGAAAAAUUUUCCUCGGAAGCAUUCACAGAACAGCUGUACCAAUACAUAUGCAGGUUAACACAAUAAAAUUAUAUUCCCAUAUUUUA